AUGGGAACUCAAUUACCGGAGGGGGCGGAGGGAGUCGCCGCGGCGUCGGUCAUCUUUGCUUGCGCCAGCAUCGUGAGCUCCUCCAUGGUUAUUUGGCUAACCUUUGUCCAUAAUGAAAGUCGAUCAUAUGUUGCCCUGCUGGCAUACUUUACUCUGCUGAGCACGGCGGCUUCGAUAAUUCAGCAAAUACACGUCAUUGCAUUCUAUCGAGACGUCGAAAUCCAACAAUAUGAAGCAAGAGUAAAGGAUCCGUUCAGUCCAGAUGCACGCGUGGCCAAUGGGUCUACAGGCAUGGAUCUCAUCCUGUACUACAUACAGUUUUACUGCUAUCAGACAAUGUCACUUCUAAUAUUGUGGUGGGCGUCUGAGCUUGCUCAAUCCGUCUACGGGCUUCUCCACAAAGGCACAACCCGAAGAAUACUGCGGAGGGUCAAUGCUGCAGGAAAGAUAACUGCCGUAAUUAUCCCACUGAUCAUCAUUCUGCUGCUGCGGGCACCUCCAGUACAAAAAGACCCACUCGUCUUUACGGUUAUCACUGACAUACCUUUGGGUCUUGCUAUGGGCCUUGGCUCGAUACUCAUGCUAGUGAUCCUCGGUCGCUACAUCUACAGCCGCAGGAAGUUGCUGCGCUUUGAUGCUGGUCAAGGAGCCUCGACAGACCCAGAGUCGCAAACCAGCAGCUCGCAGGCCGGCAGCAGAUACAGCAGAUUUUCGAGAGCCACAAAGCCCAAGAGAAACAGGGUCAUUUACGAUAGAUGGAUCAUGACACGCUUCACUGCCGCUUUCUUUUUCUUAUGUAUAUUCCAGGCGACCGCAACCCUAUUCCAACAACUGUCCAUUGGCAACUUUGAGGAUCGCCUAGCAAUCCCCGAGCCCGACUUUAGUGUAGAGAAAGCACGCAAGUCGCUACUACUAUUCAUCCCGGGCAACCUCCCGGGCAUUGCGCUUUUCUUGGUUUUUGGCACAACUACCGCCUUCCGCAGAUACAUGCGUGAAAGGUAUUUCGCCUUGAUCAGUUGGAUCAAGACCAUUCGCCAGCCAAAGAAGAAGACGCAAGUCUAUCCUCCGGAACUACCCACGCCACGCAUGGGCUACCAGCCGCGCAUCUAUGCGGAAAGGCCCGACCUUAUGAAGACGUUGCCACACCGUCCAGACUCGAGUAAUGACGACCUCGACGCCGACGUGCAGCUUAAAGAGGCUGAGAAGGCCAUCGUACACGAGGGAAACACGAUUUUUGUCAUGCGAGAGCUAUCGGUCCAGAGAUCGAGCAGAUACAUUGAUCAAAGAAUGCCGACAGACUCGACCAAGGACUCGACGCCAUCGUUGAUUAUCAUGAGACAGUCAACCGACGACGAGAGAGAGAAUGAGUAA